AGGGCGUGGAGGCUAAAAGACUACCGCUGCGAGUUAACUAUUCAGUGUAUGAGAGGCGCCUGUCCACUGCUGACCGACGCAUCUUGCAGCCAUGACGGUAGGCGGUGUCGAGGCCUGCAUCCGUGUGGGGUGUAUCAUGUUCAUGCCGCACAUGAUCGUCACUGGCAACGGAACGCAUCCUGUCGUCAGCGGUACUCUUGUGGAGUUUUUUGAGACUGUGGGAAAGAAGCUUGGUCGAUGCGUCCAGUACAUCGCGGAGCCAACAAACGAGGCGGGGAUCGAACUACCAAAUGGCACGUGGACGGGUGUAAUGGGGGUGACACAUCGGAAUGAAACAGAUGUGACGACGAUGCUAAUCAUGUCCCUGAAGAGAGCCAUGGCAUUUGACUUCAGUGAUUUUCUUUACAUCGAGGAGCACUCGGCGAGUUACAAACGGCCGGUUUUGGAGUCAGACAUCUCGGGCUUCAUUAAACCUUUCUCACCUUUGGUUAGUAAUGCAAGCUCAGUAUAG